CCUCUUUUUAGCUCUCACCAGAAGUCCAAAAGGAGGCAGGAGCAACACAUUUUCCAGAGGGCUUAAAGAUGCAAGUCUCCAACACUGACAGAUGUUACAGCAAGCUGCCACGUCUUGGAAGCUCCGUGUGCCACGAAGGAGAUGCUUUGAUGGAUUAUAACUUCAACAAAUGUCUACCCCAAAACUAGCAAUGACAACCCAGAGACUUAAAACAGAUCUUUCACUUUCCUCUAAAGGAACUGGGCCUCAGUCUUUAGAGUGCUUUUGAUACUCUACCUCCCUCUACUGUUAUUCCUGAGAAGUUCUCCAAUGAUGGGAAGUCAUGUACUAGCAGCUUCGAUUUCCAUGCUGUCUCUUCUGGCAAUCAUGGGAGAUGCAGAUAGUAAAACAGAGAGUACCUUCAUGAUUGACUCAGACCCAGGACGCUGCAUGAGGCACCAUUAUGUUGAUUCCAUUAGCCACCCUUUGUACAAAUGCAGUUCAAAGAUGGUGCUACUCGCUCGCUGUGAGGGUCGCUGCAGUCAGACUUCACGUUCUGAGCCAAUGGUGUCCUUCAGUACAGUCCUGAAGCAGCCCUUCCGUUCCACCUGCCAUUGCUGCCGGCCCCAAACGUCCAAACUGAAGGCCAUGCGGUUGCGCUGUUCAGGCGGCAUGAGACUCACUGCUACCUACCGUUACAUUCUCUCCUGCCACUGUGAAGAGUGCAAUUCUUAGGAACAAACAUGCUGCAGCAGAAUGAGUGAGAGGGUCACACAAGCUCAACAGCAGUACUGACUCAAUUAAGGAUUGUAUUUGAGAACUACAGAGCAUAAACCAUGAUGAUGCCUGGCAAUGUACUAAACCUUGAAACAGACCUCAGAAUGUAUGUCCAUGCUGAAGAUGGAGGGGCUGUUUUCAAAAAGCAUUUCUUCCCUAGAAAAAUAUUUUAUUCAUUUUUCUGGCUCAGCAGAUCCUUGGAUCCUGAAUAAGGACAGAAUUAUGAAGUCUCUUCACCUGAGUGUCCUGCAUUAAAGUAAAAAAAAAAAAACACCUAAAGACGUAUCAAAGAUGUACAGGGGUGGAAAUAUAUGGAUAUUGCUUUAUUCUAGAAGAAGAGCUCUGUUACUCUAUACAGAAGCCUAUUGUAUCAUUUAAACACGCCCCUUAGUUUAUAUUGGCUUAGAAAAUGGAGCCGGUGAGUGGUAAAAAUUAUAUUUUAUCUGGUUGGGCAACCAACCUGGACAAUUUAUUGUGAUUUAGGUGCAGUUACAAAAUAAAUAACAGAAAAUUUAAUGGAACUACUAGUGCAGCUCCUAAAGUGUUGGAAAGACAAUAUUGUAUGCAUCAUCCAAAACAGCUAGGAGGGUAUCAGUUGCUCUUGUUUUCAUUCAUGCACAGGGACAGGUUUAAGUAAAGGGUUAUCAUAGGCUAAGUGAACAUAAGAAAUCAUCUCCUAAGUGCAACAUCCUAAGUGUAUGUGUGAAAUAGUAAUCACAGUUUGUAUACUACAAGUAGCACUUUCAUACUACCUGGCCAACUCAAAGAAUACCUUGCUGUGGAGAUAGUUCAUGCAUUCCUAAGCGAUGAGAUAUUUACAAGUAUUUAGAAACAAGCCCUUUGAGCUGGCUGAUAGUCAUAAAGGGAAUCAUUUGUUCCAAAAAGGUAGUCUUGUUGGGCUGUUGCAGCAAGGGUGAAGGCUUUGACAUCCUAGACCUUAACUAGGUUAUUUUGGUUUGGGCAGCCUACACUUAUCAAAUAUAACACUAAUGACAUAGAAGUUUGAUUUUCAUUCAUGCAUCUUUGCAGUCUUCAGCUAAAACCAAUUUCUCUUUCAAAGAUGGAGAAUUAGAGGCACAAAUGAAAAUUAUACAUAGCGUAAAUAUGGUGGAUCUCAAAUCUUACAGGGUAUCAAAUCCUUCUUGCAAGAGUCUGUUACACUUUUCUCUGCUAGAUCUGAUCCAUAAUUAUAGAUGUUUCUAUGCCUAAUUGCAAGCUGAUAUGGGUCUUUUGGUUUGUAGAGCAUUAUAAAGCUUUAUCUUGGAUGACAAUAUGUUCUACAGAACAAUUGACCAGUUUUAGGAUAACUUUGCCUCCAAAUAAACCUAAAUAGAGCUACCACAAGAGGAAAUAAUGUGCACCCAGAAUUGUUCAGCUUCCAACACCAUCUCCCCACUCACUUAUAUCAAGAUCUAAGAAUUGCAUGAGUGCUAAUUUAGAUGGAGAAGUCUUCCUACACAGCACUAAAUAUGAAAAAGUAAAGAUGGGAGCCAGAAAUGAGCAGGCAAGCAGCCCAUCUGUUCUAUGUCAUCUAAUCUGUCUGGAAUAAUUGCCAUAUAUAGCAACUAGGAUUUUGACCAUUACAUCACAGAGAUUCCAUUAAAUGCACUGAAGGAGUCCCCAGUGUCUCUCGGGGAAUGGUUGCCUGGCUAAUGAAAACAACAAAUGAAAUGGCCUGAUGAAUUUGUAGCCAAGCAGCUUUAUGACCUACAUGCCCAUAAUUGUGAUCAUCCAGGGAACACCAAAACUCUUUGCCAUUGGCUCUCCAUCAGUCCUAAAAAAAAUGGAGAAUAGUGGCAGGUGUGAGCUGCUUUCUACAGCUAAAUUCAUCAGCAGAAAAUUAAAACCAUUAGGUCAUCACAGAUAGAUGCGUUUCAUCAUUUGGACUGGGUUUUCCUGUACCUGACUGAAAUGAUGUGGGACACUUAGAGGAUGAACCUGGGAGUUGUUGAACAACUCCUAAAAACAUGAUUUCUGUAUUUCUUUUACAUUUUGUUUUAUUUAUGAUAUGAAUAUAAAUGCCAAAUAGGUACAUAAAUGUAAGGUUUAUAGGCUUUUCAGUUUUUUAAAAUGUUCUGACAUAAACCCUCCUGCACAAUACAGUAUUACUGCUCCUGUCUACAGUUGGGAAAAGGCAGAAUAAAGGUGACCUCUCAAUUUCAUGUGCAGCAUUUGAGCGCUUCAGCUCCUUUCUUGACUGGGCCCUGUGGCAGCAGCUGCAGUGAUGUGAUAUG